AUGGACGAUAGCAAGGUGUUUAACGAUCCCAUCCACGGGACGGUGAAAUUAGACCCACUUCUUAUCAAAAUCAUCGACACACCUCAGUUCCAGAGACUGCGAAACAUCAAGCAGCUUGGAGGGGGCUACUUUGUUUACCCUGGAGCCUCCCACAACCGCUUUGAACACUCCAUCGGGGUGGCGCACUUGGCAGGUCAACUUGUGGAAGCUCUGCGUGCAAGGCAGCCGGAACUCAACAUCGAUGACAGAGACGUCCUUUGCGUGAAGAUUGCUGGUCUCUGCCAUGACCUGGGACAUGGGCCCUUUUCCCAUCUGUAUGAUCAAAUGUUCAUACCCAAAGUACCACCAGGUCCACUAGGUGAUAAAAUGGCAAAGUGGAAGCACGAAGAAGCCUCUGUGGAGAUGUUCGAUCAUCUGCUGGAAUCUAAUAAUCUGAAGCUGGUGGACUAUCAGCUGAAGCUGCCCAAGGACUUGGAUUUCAUCAAAGAGAUGAUUAUUGGACCAAAAGACCCUGAGGGAGGACAGGAGGACCCUAAUGCAGAUCGGAAAGAGAAAAAAUCCUUCCUCUAUGAAAUCGUGGCCAACAAAUGGAGCGGCAUUGAUGUGGACAAGUUUGACUACUUUGCCAGGGACUGCCACCACCUGGGCAUGAAGAACAACUUUGACCAUCUCCGCUUCAUACAGUUUGCCAGAGUGUGUGAGGUGGAAGGGCUGAAACACAUCUGCAGUAGAGACAAGGAGGUGAACAAUCUGUAUGACAUGUUCUACACCAGGAACUGUCUCCACAGAAGAGCCUACCAGCACAGAGUGAACAAGAUCAUAGAGUAUAUGAUUGCAGAGGCCUUUUUAAAAGCAGACAAGCAUAUCCAGAUUAUAGGCUCACAAGGCCAGGAGUACACUCUCUCUACAGCCAUAGGUGACAUGGAGGCCUACACCAAGCUGACAGAUCAUGUGUUUGAACAAAUACUCAACUCUUCCGCUGUGGAGCUGGCUGAGGCAAAGAAGAUUCUAGAAAGGAUCAUCUCUCGAGACCACUACAGGUUUCUGGGUGAAAUCAAGCCUAGACAAGUCCCCACCAAGGUAUGCAUUAAUGUCUUUGUGUACCUGUAUCAAAUCACACGGUGGAUUACAGCCUACAUCUGGUAAGAUGCUUUUUAUAGU